AUGGCACUCCCUCCCCGAUAUGAACGAAAACCACCCACCACUCCAAACCAACAAACCAAAUCUACACCCCCGUCCAGAAUGAAACUCCCAACCCUAAGCCCAAUCCUCCUCCUCGCAGCACCAGCCUCCAGCACCCCAGACCAACAUCAACAGCCCCAUUGCUACCCAAUCCCCAACACCACAAACGACAACCCAAACCUGAAUCUCAACCUAAACCUCAAUCUAAACCUCAGGCGCUCCCUCGCAACCAUCUCCCCGCCACCACACUCAAUCAUCACGCAGAUCCCGUCCACCGCCCUGGCGGAGCUGUUCAUCCCUGCGCGCCGCAGCGCCCUAGCUAGUGAUUCCAGGAGAGGGAUCACGCCGGCGUGGUAUACUGCUUUGCCGACGGAUGCGAAGCGGUAUAUUUCUUAUGUUAAGGAGGAGGUUUCGAGGGAGGGGGUUGGGCUUGGGGGGCUCAGGGGGUUGAAGGAGAUUGAACCUGAGGAGAAGAGCUCAACUGAGGAGGAGAGGAAGACGAGUGGGGGUGGGGUUGGGGAGAGGGGGAGGGUUGAGGAGUCGGUUGGGUUGAUGGUUGCUUUAUUGGUUGGGUUGGGGGUUUGGGGGGGUUGGCUUUGA